CGAACGGAAGCGGAAGUCGGGUGAGGUGGCGGUGGCGGAGGUAGUGGGAGCUCCGGUAACAUCCUGGGGCCGCACCGGGUCUCGAGGCCGGGGCCCGAGCUUGACGCCGGCCUGGUGGCAGCAGCGCCAGAGACUCAUGUAGUUAGGAAGAGCCGACUGUUAAAGAGACAAUGACUUCUCCAGAAAAAGUUGACGAUGCCUCCUCACCCAUCCGAGGACCUGGAGAUGGCAUGGAAACAGAGCAGCCAGCUGUAUCAGUGGAAGUCAGCACUGGAACCAACACUGUGAACCAUCACAUCCACCACAGCCCACAUAAAAAGACAGGCUCUUCCCUGAGUCCUGGAGUUCUGCAGCUAGGGAAAGUACAUGCUGAUAAGUCAGUGGAGAUUGAAGCUAUUCGUAUUUUAGUCCCCAAAGCAGCCAUCACCCAUGUUGUUCCAGCUAAGAAUGCUAAGGUAGCUAAAUCAGUGCUACAUAAAGGAGACGCGUUCCACCAGUCAGAGGGAGCUGUAGAUCCUAAGAAAGAACAGAUAGAGCUGAAAAAUGCAAUUGAAAAACUAAAGAAUUCAGAAAAGCGGUUGUUACAGGAUAAAGAAGGUCUCUCUAACCAGCUGCGUGUACAGACAGAGGUGAAUCGAGAGCUGAAGAAAUUACUUGUUGCUUCCGUUGGCAAUGAUCUACAGUAUCACUUUGAACGGAUGGCUCGUGAGAAAAAUCAGUUAAUCCUAGAAAAUGAAGUCCUGGGACGGAAUAUAUCUCAGUUAUCUGAACAAUUGGAGCGCAUGUCUAUACAGUGCGAUGUGUGGCGAAGCAAAUUCCUAGCGAGCAGGGUUAUGGCUGAUGAGCUAACCAAUACCAGAACAAUUCUUCAGCGUCAAACCAGGGAUGCACAAAGUGCAAUCCAGGACUUGCUGAAUGAACGCGAUCAGUUCCGUCAAGAGAUGAUUGAUACACAGAAGCUGCUGGAGGAGCUGAUGGUUUCUCUUCAGUGGGGGAGACAACAGACAUACUACCCUAGUGCCCAGCCUUACACUACAACAGAGCUAGCAGCUGUGAAUUGUAAGCUAGCCAAAGCUGUAAGCUCACGUCUUUUGGGAAAUGUUGGCACCAGCAGUCCAAAAAAAACUUCAGUAGCUGUGGAGUUGAGCAAUACCCCUGCUGAGAAAAUGGCUGAAAUGGUGCUACGUGUACUGGAUCCAGCUGCAUGUACAGAAACAUCAACUGAAGUUUCUUUUCCUGACACUUCUCCGUCCUCCUUCCUUUCCACAAAGAAGAGCAUUGGAAGGUUCCACCCUUAUACAAGAUACGAAGAUGUAACUUUCAAUUGUUGCAGUCACUGUCAAGGAGAGCUGAUAGUCGUUUAAAACACAGCCAAUCCAGCUGCACAUGCUCCGUUUCUAAAGGAUUACACUAGCUGAUGGUUCAGCAGGCUUCUCUUUUUUUCCUAUUUCUCCCCAUAAAGGGUGGAUUUAACAUUGGAAAUUAUGCACUUUCUGCUUCGCUGCCUCUUAAAGUUAAGAACUAACAGGAUUUCCUUGGCUUCAGGGAUACCUCUACUACUUUUCAGUGUCGAAAGCUACUUAUUUUCUUCUACAAAGACCAAAAAUGUUAUGCUGGUCCAGUCUGUAAAGCAUGGAGAUGCCCUUGACUGUUUAAGUUUACUGUUCUAUUAGCAGAUCUCAAUUAAUUUCUUUUUAGAGGGAGACAGAAGCAUAGCUACGCCAAAGUAAAUGAAGUGCUGGUAGGCUUGGUUUACAAAACAAAAAGCAAUGGAAAAUGG